CACACUGCAGGAAACUCAUGGUCCUUUGGGCCAGAGUGGCCUUUCUUCUUCUUAACCCUUCUCACCGCUGCAUUCAUUACAUUCAUUCUUACAUCGCCUUUUCUCAUUCCACUCCACCUCCUUUCCCUUGCUACUCUACACACCUUGGCCUUUGUCUGCUGACCGUCGACCGCCGUUGAGACAAGCCAUGGACACAGCAGUACUGGGUCAGCCCCAGUCUCACUUUCGCUUCUUCGAUAUCUACUCCUCCACAAUCCGGGAUCACACCAAGAACAUCGACAAUGAGGAUGUAGGGCUAUACAAAUUCACCAAGCCCAAGAGUCUCGAUGUCUACGCAGAUCUUAUCAUUGUCUUCAAGUACAAAGAGCCAGUCAAAGGCGCGUCCAAGCCAGACUAUGAGCAGCAGACGAUCAAGGCGUACCAGGAGGUCCUACAAAAACUCGCACGCGUGGGUCUCCAGUAUGAAACCAGACCCAGCGGCAAUCACACGCUCUUCAUCUUCGUCCUCUGUCCAUGGGCUGUUCUGAAGCGCGAGGCAACACGUAGCAGCAUUCACGAUUGGCUCGCAGGCGUCCGAGUCGCUGAUACUGCAGAAACAGAACAGCUGCUCCAGCCUAUUAAGGAACGUGAUCAUUCCUUGGACAAUCUCUCUGAGGCGGAUCGUAUUCGUUAUAUCAAUGAUCUCAUCACAGGAUUGCCAAGCGAGGGAGGUGCUGGUAUCUACCCGGAUGAGCACGAAUAUGUCGAGAGUAUACUCCCGCUGCACGACAAGGCAUUCAACAAGUCGUGGCUCAAGGCCUGGUCAACAAAGUGGCUCGUGGACCAAGAGGAUUUGACAAAGAUCCGAGAUCAAUUUGGCGAGAAGAUCGCCUAUUACUUUGAAUUCCUCCAGUUCUACUUCAAGUGGCUGGCCGCCCCUACAGCGCUGGGUGUCAUCGUCCAUUUUUUCGGAACAUCUUUCUCAAUCUUUUAUGGCGUCUGUGUCAUUCUCUGGUCCGUCGUCUUUACAGAAUACUGGCAACGUCGAGAGAGAGAGCUCUCGCUUUGGUGGGGUGUCCGCCAUGUAUCCAAAGCGGAGAUGAGGCGACCUUCUUUCAAGGGCGAUACUGUCACGUUGGAUCCUGUUACUGGAGAGAUGCUGCCGUUUUUCUCGCCUUGGAAACGAUGGACUCGCAAAAUGGCUGGCGUACCUGUUAUCCUCGCAGGUGCUCUUGCCCUGACCACAGUCAUCACCACAGUCUUUGGUAUCGAGGUCUUUUUGACCAUCUACUACGAUGGAUAUUUGAAAGAGGUUUUGAUCUACGUCCCAAUGGUUCUUUAUUCUCUUGCUAUCCCAAAUGUCGCGGCCUUUUGCAAGUCUGUUUCGCGUCAGUUAACGGACUAUGAGAACUACGAGACGCAUGCGAGCUACGAGUACCACUUGAUGCAGAAGGUCUUCAUCUUCAACGCUCUGACGAGCUACAUGUCGAUCCUCUUGACGGCCUAUGUUUACAUCCCCUUCGGCCCAGAGGUGAUCUCGACCUUCCAGAGCUAUGGCCUUUCAUUCUCCAAGGCAACCAUCGAACCGGCCAUGCUGCAAAACCGUCUCAAGGCGUUUAUGAUCACAACACAGGCCAUCAGCUUUGCCACCGAAACGAUUGUCCCAUGGUUGACACGACGCGCCAAGGUAGGAGCUGUCAAGAUCAAGAAGGAGGUCUCUGAGAAACUGAAGCAUGAAUCGACCUCGAGUGAUUCUAGUGUUGAGGACGGUCAGGACUCGGAGGGGGCGAAAAAGUUUUUGAACCGGGUGAGGAAACAAUCUGAACUACCCGUGUACGAUGUCAAUGAGGAUUAUGCUGAGAUGGUUCUUCAAUUUGGAUAUGUGUCGUUGUUCAGCGUUAUCUGGCCAUUGACGGGCCUCUGUGCGUUUAUCAAUAACUGGGUUGAGCUGCGAUCGGAUGCUGCGAAGAUCAGCUACAACGCCCGUCGACCGAUUCCUGCGCGUACGGACACGAUCGGACCAUGGAUUAACAAUCUGCAAAACAUCACCUGGUUCUCCUCGUUGACGAAUGCGUCAAUCCUGUAUCUGUUCCAUGGUGCGGAGCAUGAGCCUCGUUUGAGUCUGGGCAUGCUGUUGUUCUCGUUGCUGGUUUCUGAGCACGCGUAUUUGGCUCUGCGAUCGGUGGUGGGAUUGAUCUUGGAUAGCAUACCGACGGAGGCGGACCUCAAUGUGCGCAGGAAGGAGUUCGGAGUCAAGAGCAGCUGGUUGUCGCGUCUGGGCGAUGCAAUCGGAGUUGAUUCGGUUGCGGGAAUGUCAGUGAAGGGUGUGUCGACUCGGGCGCAGGCUGCCGAGGUUGUGGCUGCUGAACAACCUGCAGGACUGAGUUCUAGAUCUGGAGAUGUCUCGGCCACUGACGAUAUCGGUGUUCAAGCGAUCCGAUCGAGCCUUAAGACUAAUUGAGCAGCAGCAGCAGCAGCAGCAUUGGUUGCCUGAUACGAAAAGGGAACAGGAUACAGGCUAGCUCUGAAGGUUAUCAAAAAUACAUGUGCGAUAUA